GCGGGGUGCAGCGCGUCGUCGGGUGCGGGUGGAGCGGCGGCGGCGUCCCGCUUUCGAUAUCGGUUCGCGUUGCCAUGGACUUCAAUGUGAAGAAGUUGGCGGCGGAUGCCGGCACUUUCCUCAGCCGGGCGGUUCAGUUUACAGAGGAGAAGUUUGGUCAAGCUGAGAAGACAGAGUUGGAUGCCCAGCUGGAGAAUCUGCUGAGCAAAGCAGAAAGUACAAAACUAUGGACUGAAAAAAUAAUGAAGCAGACUGAAGUGUUGUUGCAGCCAAACCCAAAUACCAGAAUAGAAGAAUUUGUUUAUGAAAAACUGGAUCGUAAAGCACCAUCUCGAAUAAAUAAUUUUGAACAAUUAGGCCAGUAUAUGCUUGAUGCUGGAAAUGAUUUUGGUCCUGGGACUGCAUAUGGCAGUGCUCUUAUUAAAUGUGGAGAAACCGAAAACCGAAUUGGUGCCGCGGAGAGAGAACUAAUACAUACAUCAGCAGUUAAUUUUUUGACGCCCCUUAGGAACUUUCUGGAAGGAGACUACAAAACAAUAUCUAAAGAACGCAAGCUCUUGCAGAAUAAAAGACUAGAUCUGGAUGCAGCCAAAGCAAGACUGAAGAAGGCAAAGGUCUCAGAGUCCCGUUCAGCUCAACUAAAUGCUUCUCAAGCUGAAGGAGACAACUUUAUGGUAAAUUUCUCUUACAUGCUCAACUUGCUGCAUGUAACGUGGCUGAAGCUUUGGGCAGAGGAAGUGACAAAAGCUGAGCAGGAAGUGCGGAUUACACAAAGUGAGUUUGACCGCCAAGCAGAGAUCACAAGACUUUUGCUUGAAGGAAUCAGCAGUACACAUAAACAUCACCUUCGCUGUUUGCUCGACUAUGUUGAUGCCCAGGUGACCUACUAUGCACAAUGCUAUCAGUAUAUGGUUGAUUUACAAAAGCAGCUUGGAAGUUUUCCAACCACGUUUUCCUCCAACAACAAUCAGACUGCCUCAGCAUCAGUUUUAUCUAACAUCAUGCCCCCAUUUUCUGCAUCUUCAUUCCCAUUGUCCACACCAAACAAUCCGAUAACCACUGACUAUAAGCUGUCAUCUAGCGGCACGAGGAAGGCUCGAGUUCUCUACGAUUAUGAUGCUGCAGACAGCAGUGAGUUGUCACUUCUAGCCGAUGAGGUGAUUACUGUGUAUAGUCUGCCUGGAAUGGACUCUGACUGGUUGAUGAGUGAAAGAGGGAAUCAGAAAGGAAAAGUGCCCAUUACAUAUUUGGAGCUGCUAAACUGAACAUGUCACUGUCAACCUGAAAAUAUGGGUUGUAAUUGCAAUAUUUAAUUGCAGUUAAUUUUGUAUAAAACAAUUUAUGAAAUGUCUUCCACAUGUUGUCCCUGAAAUGUUUGGGACCAUUUGAGUUACAUGUAUGGCAAAAACAUGCAUGUUGGUUGCUGCACUCAUCCAAGCCAAUAUACAACUCCCUUGCUUUUGAAAACCUUUAAUAUUUUUGUGCCAUGAAUAUUAUUUGCUAAAAAGUAUCUGCUUCAUUUUCUAUUUAAUAUUUCAUUCUUGCAUAUAUUAGUGAUUGGAAAAGCAUUUCAUUAUUAAACCAACUUGAAUACAAGGUCCCUUUAUUUCUAAAACUUUCUUAUAACCAGAAACAUGGAAUUUAACUUAUAAAUUACAUGUGCUUGACUAAAUGUUAAAAGUGAUGUACAGCAUUGCCAAAAUAAAACUGUGUCAAAAGA